ACCGUUUAUCUACUCACUAAACGUAUGCCAAUGGAUGCAUUUAUAUACGGCGCGGUGUUCAUCGCAUGUGUGUGUGCUUUUAUUUUUGCUGGCGGUUUUUGUGUUUGCAUUGACAUUCAGUGAAUUUUAUUAUUAAAAUAGUGUUUUUAUUAUGUAUAAGUAAAAAAUUAAAUUUUUUAUAUAUAAAACAGUUUUAGUAAUAAUAAAAAUCUAAAGUUAAAGGUGACGGGAGAAACCUGGAGCAGCCAAAGUGUUAAUAAGUAAAAAAAAAGUAAUGAAACGAGAUUGUUAAACUCUUCACAUUACCUGCGGUUAUUAUUAUGGAUAAAAUUGAUACAGUAUUAUUAAUACAAGAAGUGUCAUUGAAACCUGUGCUAUGGGAUAAAUAUCAGUCUAGCUAUAAAGGCAGAAAUGCUACAAAAUAUGCAUGGCGCGAAGUGUGCAGAAAGCUCAACCCAAAGUUUGGAGAACUUAAAACCAUAGAUCAAGAUACAUUUUUUGCAGAAGUAAUCAAGAAAUGGACUAACCUUAGAGACUCCUACUUAAAGUAUAAGAAAAAACUGAAAGUGAAUACAAAAAAUGGAUCUUUAAGAAUAAAAAUGAAAAAGUAUAUAUAUGCUGAUCAACUGGAAUUUCUAACCCCAAUUUUCAAUCAAUCAAAUAUAAAUGAAAAGAUUAAUAAAGAAAAAGACCAUACUGAAGCUGAAGAUUCAAUUUCUGAUUUAAAAAUUUCAAAACCAUCAAGAAUCACCAAAAAUAAAAUAAAACUUAAAAAAAAUAUCAAAACUGAUGACAAAGUUUUGAAAGAUACAGAGGAGGAAAAACCCUGUAGUAAAAUGGCUUUCUUACAAAGUCUCAUGCCUCAUCUGGAAAAAUUUAAUAAUACAGAAUUCCUGCAAUUUCAAAUGGGAACUUUAAAAGUUAUAGAAAAUAUAUAUAAAACAAACUCCCAGCAAGUUCCAACAUAUUUUCAAUCAAAUUUCAUCAAUGAACCCUCUUCUUCUGUCCAAUUCAUCACACCUGAUAAUAUUAAGCCUUUAUCAGUGACAAAUGUAGAACCUAUAUCCAUAUCACCUAUAAUUUCUGGAGAUAGUCACCAAGCUUAUUGUUUUGAUGAGAAUUCCGCCUUGAAAGAUGAGGAUGACAGUAUUGAUAUUAAUAUGUUAACCUAAAUUUAAAUAAGUUUAUUUUAAUUUUAUUGAUUUCUUAAAGUCUUGA